CCCUAUUGCAUCAUUUUGUGGAGUCUUGAUAAUAGCAAUCCCUUGCUAUUGAAAGUUGUAACAUUCUUUUCAUUAACAUUGAAGUUCGAAUGCUUUCAAGUCCUUUUAAAUAAAAAAAUAGGAGGCUUGGGACAUUGUGAUAUAGGGCCUAUCCAGACAUUUUUAAACUGCUAGAAUAAGAAGUUAACAUUCACGAAUGUUUGUACUGAGAAAAAGGUACCGAGUUCGAUUUAUCUAAGCAGUGGUUCAUACACACCUCUAACACCACCCCAGGAGGAGCCAGACACUGCCAAAUUUUUUCCAAUAUACCCCCCCCCCCCCCCUCCUUACUUUCUCCCGUACGCAAGAGGUAUUCGCCAAAUGCCAGUUAGGUCGGAAGAGACAAAAUAGAAAGGCGUCUUUUUGCGCCUCUUGUUCAUCGAGCAAUGUUUCAGAAAAAAUGAGGACAUACAAGGCACUGUUUCCAACUAAAUCUUUUAUCCAAGAAAACCAAUAUACAGUAAACUACCACUUGAACGUCACUUAAGCAAAUUAUUCAGCUGUACGAACGUUUUUUGUAUCCCCCAUCGAAACCCCAUUCAACCCAAUGCAAAUGCCUUUCAGUUUAACAAAAUUCAUUACAGUGGCAUUUCAGUUCUGUGAUCAUAUUCUGCUACAUCAUCAUCAUCAUGAUUUUUAUUUUUACCACUGGAUACAAGGAGAAAAAGGGAGAGCUGGGAAAAAAAGCCGAAAUCUCUUCGGCUUGGCAAAGUUCCGGUCUCCCAGACAGGCACGGAAGCGGCUGGUGUAGCAAUACAAUUACGCAUAAAGUGUGGAAAUAAGAGUUUUUUUAAACACAAAUACAUUUAGAAAUUUUCAUGUUAUUACAUGGAAACUAGUUGUAAUACAGUUGUGUCAAAUGACUCCCAGUAUACAAUUAUAAUCUGUUAUCUUGCAUAUUAUUAUUUAACACAGACUCAGUUGCAUAUAUCAUAGUGGACUUGGAAGCACCGAACGAGUACGGAUGCUGAUCAAAUUUUUUCUGAUCGCACAGAUCGUGCUGUCGAGGACCGGAUUCGUCGACGCAGGGUCUGAGCAUGCACUGCAUCAGGCCUAUCUACUGCUACCUCCGGCUGUCUGCCCUGCUGGCUUCAUCGGACAAAACAAGCCGCAGGAAGCUGUACCACGUGCACUGCACUGGGACCACCUGACCAGCACGGUGACGUCGACGGAGACAUCGUGGCACCCGGAUAAAAGCAGCAGCCUUUUCGACGUUCCCUUCAGUGGACUUGGAAGCACCGAACGAGCACGGAUGCUGAUCAAAUUUUUUCUGAUCGCACAGCGCCCGUCUCGUGCUUCUGAAAAGAGCUUGCGGUAUUGGCGUGAACAGACAGCGUUCAUCACUUGUGCAUGUGCAACACAUUGGCGGAGGCAAUACGAACUGCAUUUCUCACUAGCUGGACAAGUCAGAAUGGCAAUGAACCUUGGAGAACAAGACUCGAAUUGUGAAAGUCUGGUGGUUUCACAGAACUUUGUUUUAUGUCAAGAUGGGCUGACACCAUGUCACCUGAUGCUGUCACUCUCUGGUUUGACUGGCAUUUCACGACCUUCGGGAUCAGCCCACAUAUGGGGAGUGCUUAAUGCUUGCUUCACUUCUGCCUCGGGUUGGCCUGGUAUUGCACUUUCUUUGGGAUCGGCCCACCGUAUGAAAAAUUGUUGGUCUAUGCGCGGAUGCGAUCUGCCAGAUCCUCACCAUAGACAGCUUCACUGUAAAAAAAGUGGUCUAGCUCACGGCAAAUAGAGUCAAACAUUUUAAAAUGCGAAUAAAAAGAGAUGCAUACAAAAGCAAAUAGAGCUAUUUGUAUCAACUGAUAGCAAGCUCAUUGGUAUCAUGCCCGAACUUUGUCACAUAUGAGAUUCUCCAAGCAACUGGAAAGUCAACCUCAACUGUCCUGACAUACUCUCAGCCUGCGCAUAAUGCCUCACUGUUGCAUUUCACUGCUUUAAGGGGUUUAUUUUGGUUUGGAUGUGGGUAACCUGCAUCUUAGCGUCAGCCAACACUUUGCUUUUUGAGCGCAAGCUCCUUCAAAGAGGCGGCGGCACAGUUCCUUUCCUGAUCAUUCCUCAAUGCAAUGGUCCUUCCUAUGCGUGUUCGCCCCAUGGAUGAAGCAUCCUUUUGGUCAGUUGUACAGUCCGAUUUUUCAGACUCCCUAAGGGCCGCUACAAUGUCCGAAAAAAAAAUGAAUGCAUGUCUUUUACUGCCCUUAAGGGCCCAAAUCGCCACAGGCACGUCCGAAAAAGCUCUGAAGGUCUGCCAGUACACUUAUUAGGCAUAUAGGUGCUUGCACUCUGACAGGAGACUGCAAGUGCACGCGAGUCUAACAAUAUAUGUGCUGCGUCCCAUACACUUCACCGCGUAGCAUCACUGUGCUGAGGCAAAGCUGCCUUUCGAGGACUAGCAAUAUGCAACGCGCCGUGCUUUACGAGGAUUGCAGAGGCAGAGUGGGUACCUUUGCUGACAGCGGUGAAUUCUUUCAAUGAAAAAGACAGCACCGAAUGUCAAGAACCGUAAUAGCCUAGCGUUCCCGCCAUGGUGAUUACAGUGGCCAGUGGAUCUGCGUAUGAGAGUGUCAGUUCAAGGUGGUGAGAUAACACGGCGGUGUUGGCUUUGAUUAAUGCCAUAUCAAAUCUGCAGUUGCAGCACAUUCGGAGUGCGGAUCACUAGUGAAUAUCUCGGCAACAGUGGGGACAAAUUACUAGUGAUUGAGGACCUUAACCAAAAAAGUGUUAAAGUGGGUUUGAAGAUUAAUAUGCAGAAGACAAUGUUGAAGAAUUCACAUCGCCAGUCAGCCUCUAGAGUCUGUACAGGAGUAAGUCAGUUGCUCGUAAGGGACCCUGAUCAUGAAAAGGCAAUUUACCUAAGAAUAAAAAUGGGGUGGAAUGCAUAUGGCAGGCAUUACCAAAUCAUGGCUGGGAGCUUACCACUGUCAUUGAAAGAAAAAAAAAAUUAAA